ACCAACCACACGACCAUGUCCUUCCUGUUCCGCUCGCUGGCGGCGGCGCGCACGGCGUCAGCACCACGGCUCGCGUCGGCCCCGGUGGCGCGUUUCGCCCCUGCGCAGGCCUCGGGCUCGGUGUCCCGCCUGCUCCCCCUCUCCCUGCGCUUCUCCUCUUCCUCCCCCUCCGGCUCCGCCCCCACCCCCGAGCCCACAAUCGUCUUCAACACGGACGCGCCGUCGUCCCUCUCCUCCUCGCCAGCGGCCGACAGCGGCGCGCCCACGCCCUCCGAGCCCCGCCGCUCCGGCCUCGACAUCCCCCUGCCCGACGCGGGCGCGAUCGUGCCCGACGUGCCCAACGCCGACGCGUGGUGGCGCGCGAGCUCCCUCUCCGCGGGCCGCGGGUUCCCCGGCACGCGGUACUCUGGCCGCUCGAUCGGCAUGCGCUCCCCGGCGCAGUACAACACGACGUAUAACGCCCUCGGCAGCCGCCUCCGCAGGGCAAACGUCCGCAAGGAGUUCAAGCUGUUCGAGUACCACGAGACUGGGGCCAAGCGGCGCGUUCGGCUGGGGUCCGAGAGGCAUCGUAGGCGGUUCAAGGAGAUGAUCCGCGAGCGCGUCCAGCAGGUCCAGAUGCUCCGCGCGCGCAAGUAGUUGGUACCCGAUUUUGCAUGGCAUGGUGUGGCGGUG